UUAUGGGCUGCUCCUGUACCAAAUAAAAACAUUGGUUGGGCAAGGAUUUCUAGUUUUUCAGGCUCACCAGCCUGAGUGACAGAGAGGAGGAACAAAAGCAGAUUAAAAUUUUGAGUGCACCCGGUAUUUUUUGGGUCCGGCAGUCUUAGUAGCACGUUUCGGGAAGUAACUCUAAUGGAACAGUCGUAAUAAAAGGGCCAUUUUGAGACUGAUUGCUUUGGUGGUCGGAAGCGCUGUUGGAAAUUUACUAUCCUCAAAGUCAAGAUAACGACCUUAUAAUACCAGCAAACUUCCCAUAGAGGGGAGGAAUUAUUGCUUCGUUCCAUUAUAAUUGUGAGCGAAGAGUCAGCCUUGGAUCUGAUCUGUGAAGGACGCAAUAAUUAAUGCAUCUCUGAGGUGUGCUUUCCUCGAGUUAACAGGCAGGAGUUGAGAAAAUGUGCACCAGCCAAGAACACAUUAAUAUACCGGAAAUGAUUAGGAAGAAACGAGACAAGCAGUCAUUGAGUGCAGAAGAAAUCCAUUAUUUUGUUCAAGGCGUAAAAAAUUCAACCAUCCGAGAAUGUCAGAUUGGUGCUAUGCUAAUGGCAAUUCGCCUGCAGGGAAUGACACUGGAGGAGACUGUGAAACUGACCCAAGAGAUGAAAAUAUCUGGGGUUGUCCUGGAAUGGCCAAAGGAGUGGUCUAGUACCAUGGUUGAUAAACAUUCCACAGGAGGAGUUGGUGACAAGGUCAGCCUUAUUCUGGCACCAGCCCUGGCUGCCUGUGGUUGCAAGGUUCCAAUGAUCAGUGGCAGGGGACUGGGACACACUGGAGGUACACUUGACAAACUAGAAUCUAUCCCAGGAUUCAACAUUAACAAGAGCCCAGAGGAGGUGAAACAGAUCUUGGCUACAGUUGGAUGUUGCAUUAUUGGGCAAACAGCAGAUUUGGUCCCGGCCGAUAAGAAGUUGUACAGUAUCAGGGAUGUAACAUCGACGGUGGAUAGUUUGCCCUUAAUAGCAGGUUCCAUAAUAUCGAAGAAAGGAGCGGAGUCCCUGGCUGCCCUCAUUCUGGAUGUGAAAUUUGGAGAAGGAGCUUUGUACAAGGACAUCAAUGAUGCCAGAGAGCUGGCACAAUAUUUGGUUGAUGUUGGUAAUCGCUUAGGCAUUCGGACAGCUGCUGCUCUUUCCAAGAUGGACAAUCCUAUUGGCAGAAAUAUUGGGAAUUCACUGGAAGUCAUCGAAUCCAUUGAAUGCCUGAAAGGCAAGGGACCCAAGGACUUAGAGGGACUGGUCACCUGUUUAGGAGGCCACCUACUCCAUAUGUGUGGCAAGGCUGGAAGCUUUAAGGCCGGGGAGAGCGACAUCAAGGAUACGUUGCAGAAUGGCUGUGCUUUGGCCAAGUUCCAGGACAUGCUGGUGGCACAGGGAGUGACUGCUGGCUUAGCCAAGGCUUUGUGUGCGGGGAAGGACGUACUGAAACGUGCAGUUAAACAGGAAGAACUGAAAGCUGAAGCAGGAGGGGUUGUGCAGGCAAUUCAUUCCUUGCCAUUAGCCAAGGUACUGCAUGAACUGGGAGCAGGCCGCACCCAACCCGAUCAAGCAGUCAACUGGACUGUUGGAAUCGAACUCCUGAAAAUUGUGGGCGACAAGGUUAACAAAGGUGAUCCUUGGAUUCGGAUUCAUUUUGAAGAUCCCUCCCUCAAUGAAAGCCAGAAAGUUCUUCUCCAACACUCGCUGGUCAUUGGGGAAAAGGUGGAAUAUGGUCCCUUGGUUACUGAAAUCAUCCAGGUCCAAUCACAGGGAGAGAAAAGGCAUAACUGCCCAGUUUAGUAAGAGGUUCAUAGGUAAGAUACGCAUUAUCCAUAUGCAAGUAACACAAAACUUUGGUGGGGAAAUUUGUCUUGGGUUUGGGUGCAAAAAAAGCAAUAUCCAAAUGAUUUCACCUUAUAAGGAAAACAAUGGAAUUAAGUAUCAGCUACUUUUAUAGUGGGCAAUUAAUCCCAUUUGCUUGUGCUAAAUUACUAUUGCCCUGCCCUUCUAAACGCUAUUAAAUUUCAACUGUGACAAUUCCCCAAAAACCAGAGUGAUAGUGUUUAAAAUAAUGGAGGCUAUGAAAACUGGCAUCAACUUGAUUGGUCAUCAACUCUUUCCAUACAUACAGUACAAAUUACUACAUCUUAUAUCUCAAAUUAUUCACAUAUUGGUGGUGUGUAAAUGGGUCCCUGGAGUUAAAUAAAUCAUAAAAAUGAGUGAUACACCAGGGACUCAUUUACACGAGUUGCAUGAGUAGAAUGAAUAAAGAUGGCAGAUUUCUCUCCAUGAAGGUCAAUGUUGGUUGCUCAUCAUUGUAGAAAUAGCAGUUGAUCAUCAUGCACAGAACAAUAUAGUGAUCAACGUCCAAUGUUGGGGGAUGUGCUGAAGGACUGAUGUUUCAAGACAGAUGACAAAUUUGCAGUAAUUCAGGAAUAAGAAGUGCCCCAUGCAAUUCCGGAUGAGGGUCAUUCCAAGAUUGACUAUUUCAACAUACACAAGGUCAUAAAAUGUCUUGCUGCAUUGCUCCAAGCUACAGGGAUUUUAUCUGCAUGAAGUGACUGUGGCGGCCUUUUGGCUUGUUUUGCAUGUCAUUGAUGAUGGCAUGUGUCUUUAAAUUUUAGACUGCCCGUUAUAUUGUGGGUGGGAUUUAUGACGUAUAUUUUGGGCGUGUUUGGGGCUACGUUUUUUGCGCAGAAGCUUAGUUGUUAGUUUAGUUUGGAAACAGCAUGGAGAAGGUUUACCUUUUGACCAUACGAAGUGUAAUAGAGACACAAGGAGUUUUCUAAUGUUUAAAGCGAUAUGCUGGAGUUCGAUGAAGAUUAUAGUAAUGAGUCAGAAGUUUGGAUGUACCUUUUUUUUUCAUCAACAAUAAAGAAUUUAUUAAUCAAAAGACUGUGUUUUG